UAGACAAAACCGUCACCGAGUUCGGUCGGAUCCAACAGACUCCGUCCGGUCGCGGAAGCCAUUGAUUCAGUUACAGUUACAAGUUUAGGGUUUUAAAGUUGUAACCUUUCAAAAAUAUCUUGUGAAUGGCUAUAAUCGCAGAAUUAGUGGUUUAACCGGAAGGAGGAAGUAAGCAUGAGCGUGGGAAGCGGGGUCGAGCAUGUAUUGAACUAUCUGAAACGUAGGCAGCUCGAGAAUCCUGGUUUCUUAUAUGCAAUUGAGGACGAUUGUGGAAAUGUUUUCUGGGCGGAUCCAACUUGCAGGUUGAAUUACACCUACUUUGGUGAUACCUUAGUUUUUGACACCACCUACAGGAGGGGUAAGAGGUAUCAAGUGCCAUUUGCUGCCUUCACCGGGUUCAACCAUCAUGGGCAGCCUGUUCUUUUUGGUUGUGCUCUCAUACUCAACGAGUCCGAGUCCUCCUUUGCGUGGCUUUUCCAGACUUGGCUUCAAGCAAUGUCUGCUCCCCCUCCUCCUUCUAUCACAGUUGAACCAGAUCGCCUGAUACAGGUUGCUGUUUCUCGAGUUUUCAGUCAGACCCGCCUUCGUUUCAGCCAGGCCCUCAUCUUCAAGGAAACUGAGGAGAAACUUGCUCACGUCUAUCAGUCUCAUCCUACCUUUGAAUCCGAAUUUAUAAACUGUGUUACUGGGACAGAAACGGCUGCCGAGUUUGAGGCAUCUUGGGACUCUAUCGUCAGAAGAUAUUAUUUAGAGGAUAACGACUGGCUCCAGUCCAUUUAUAAUGCUAGGCAACAAUGGGUCCGUGUUUUCAUCCGAGACACCUUUUAUGGAGAGCUGUCUACAAAUGAAGGAAGCAGCUUUUUGAACUCAUUCUUCCAAGGGUUUGUGGAUGCAUCAACUACGAUGCAAAUGCUCAUAAAACAGUAUGAGGAAGCAAUUGAUAGUUGGCGUGAGAAAGAACUGAAAGCAGAUUAUGAAGCAACUAACUCUACUCCAAUUAUGAAGACGCCCUCUCCCAUGGAAAAGCAAGCUGCUAGCCUGUAUACAAGGGUAGCAUUCAUCAAGUUUCAGGAGGAGUUUGUUGAGACCCUUGCAAAUCAUGCAAAUAGGAUUAGUGAUUCAGGAACUCGCACUACUUAUCGUGUGGCUAAGUUCGGAGAAGUUCACAAAGGUCAUACUGUCAGUUUUGACUUUCUUGAGGUGAAAGCUAAUUGCAGCUGUCAAAUGUUUGAGUAUUCAGGGAUUAUUUGUAGACACAUCUUGGCGGUUUUCAGGGCCAAAAAUGUUCUUACUCUUCCAUCUCGGUAUCUACUGAGGCGAUGGACCAAAGAAGCAAAGAUUAGAGGCACUGAGGAACAACCUGAGUUUUCAAACAGCUGUCAAGAAUCUUUAAAUGUCUGCUACGACAGUCUACGCCAAGAAGCAACCAAGUAUGUCGAGGAAGGUGCCAAAUCUAUUCAGAUCUAUAAAGUUGCGAUGGAUGCUUUGGAUGAAGCUGCCAAGAAGGUUGCUGCUGCAAGUAACAUUAGAGGAGCAACACCUGGAACUACGCUUCCCAAUGGGGAAGCUUACCCGUCCGAGGAAGCUCGAGAAACUGCAAAUGCAAUUAAUCAUCCAGGGGGUGAAAAAGAGAGGACGAUACUUGAACUGACAGCUGAAUUGGAGAGGACAGGCCAGCGAUGCGAAGUUUAUCGAGCAAACCUGCUGUCUAUUUUGAGAGAUAUGGAAGAACAGAAGUUUCAGCUAUCUCACAAGGUACAAAAUGCUAGACUAAGCUUGAAAGAGUGAGUGCAAUCUGCUGGAUACAUAACAUCACAAUUCAACCCACGUACUAUGGUUGGUAACUUGGUAUGGCAGACAUUUCUGGGAAUAAACUUAAUGUUCUUAC